AAGAACCCCAUUCCGUCCCACACCGCCUCCACUUUUUGCUUCUCCUUCUAAACUGAAAAACCCCUCUCUCGUUUUCUCUCUCUAAACCUCAAAGCCUGAGCCUUUUACUUGCAGAGUGACUCUAUUUUGCUUCUCUGCUUUCGUUUGUGUUUCGACAUUGAGCAAAAGAGUGUUUCUUUCGGUUAGUUCAAGCUGGCGAUCGAGAACCAGGACAGUUGUGUCAGAGAAAUCAAGCCCAAGAGUAGGAGAAUCAUGGGUGCUGGAGGUCCUGAUGAGGAAGACAACAGGUGGCCGCCAUGGCUGAAGCCUCUGCUCAAAGAGAGCUUCUUUGCUCAUUGCAAAUUGCAUGCUGAUUCUCACAAGAGUGAGUGCAAUAUGUACUGCUUGGAUUGUAUGAAUGGUCCUCUCUGUUCUCUCUGCCUUGCCUACCACAAGGACCACCGUGCCAUUCAGAUAAGGAGGUCUUCAUACCAUGAUGUGAUCAGGGUGAAUGAGAUUCAGAAGCAUCUUGACAUCACCGGAGUGCAGACCUACAUUAUCAACAGUGCGAGAGUCGUUUUCCUGAAUGAGAGGCCUCAGCCUAGGCCCGGAAAAGGAGUCACCAAUACCUGUGAAGUCUGUGAGCGCAGCCUCCUUGAUUCAUUCAGAUUCUGCUCUCUUGGUUGCAAGAUUGUGGGGACUUCCCAGAAUCCACUGAAGAGAAUGAGAGCCAGGCUGAUGGGUUCGGACUCGGAGGACUCCUACUGCAGCAGCAGCAGCCACAGAAGGUUCUCCAACAACAAAAUGCAGAGCUUCUCGCCGUCAACGCCACCCCCAACCUCCACCAAUUACCGGACGGCCAAGAGGAGGAAGGGCAUUCCCCACAGGGCACCAAUGGGAGGACUAAUCAUAGAAUACUAAGACAUACAGCCCCAAUGCCCUCCCGCCUGAAGCUUGUAAUUCCAGUGUAUCACCUCAAUGCCUGCCGCAUAUAGAAAGUUAGUUGCAGCAAUGCCCCUCCCAACACUUGAGCUUUUCGCCAAACGGCCGUGUUUGGAGCUAAGUUAGUAGUGCCCGUUUUAGCUUUUCUGGUAUUGUGUACAUAGAAGCCAAUAUGGGAAGCGCAAAGUGUUGGGUAAAGUCUAGAUAAUAAGACACUAGUGCAGGAGGAGGAGCACUUCAGGAUGAUGACCAAGAAGGAAAAGAACAAAAAUAAUGGUGCUUAGUUGAUCUAGAAAAUAUUUAGGGUGGGUUUCUAGAGUGAUUAUACAUAAGUUCAAAAAUGUAAAUAUACUGGGUUUUAGGUUUCUACCGAACUAGAGAGAAGUCAAUGUAAUCCUUGGCCAAGGGGGAAAUGUCUAUAUAUGGAAAAUGAAAUAAUAGACUUUAUAAUUAUUUCUAUGCUUGA